CACUAAUAUACCCUCUGUACAGCAUCUCAGGCAAAUACUUCAAAAUUCACCCAUAGCCACGACAUGAAAGAAUUUACUGGGGAAUAAGUGGACAGACCGAGCGGGGGAUCAACUGCUCAGAAAGUGUCCGAAGUCCGUCGGAAGGGGAAAAAAAGAGGAUUUAUUACUGGCGUUCAGGACUUCAGAGUGCUAUGGCUGGCGUUUUCCACAAGCUCACGUCAUGCGUCUGCUGCGUGUGGAUCCUCCUCAGCCUUUUAUUCAACCCAAGCUCACAAACCGGGGCUGUAACCGGCCACAGAGAACCCAUUCCCGAUGACAGCAAAGACAACAUCACCAUCUUCACCCGGAUCUUAGACCGCUUGCUGGACGGUUAUGACAACAGAUUGCGUCCCGGGCUUGGAGAAAGUGUGACUGAGGUGAGGACAAACAUCUACGUGACAAGCUUCGGACCAGUAUCAGACACCGAUAUGGAGUACACGAUUGAUGUGUUCUUCCGGCAGAGCUGGCGGGACGAGAGGUUGAAGUUUGACGGGCCCAUGCAGGUCCUUCCACUUAACAACUUGCUCGCAAGCAAGAUCUGGACCCCGGAUACCUUCUUCCACAACGGGAAAAAGUCAGUAGCCCACAACAUGACUACGCCCAAUAAACUUCUGCGACUGGUAGACAAUGGGACCCUACUCUACACCAUGAGAUUAACCAUCCAUGCUGAGUGUCCAAUGCAUCUGGAGGAUUUUCCCAUGGACGCCCACGCCUGCCCGCUGAAGUUCGGGAGCUAUGCCUACACUAACAAUGAGGUCGUGUACAUCUGGACGGCGGAUGACGAGAAAUCAGUGUCUGUGGCUCCUGACGGUUCGAGACUCAACCAGUAUGACCUGCUGGGACACGUCAUCGGCAAAGAGACCAUCAGCUCCAGUACAGGAGAAUAUGUGGUGAUGACAACAUAUUUCCAUUUGAAAAGGAAAAUUGGCUAUUUCGUGAUCCAGACGUAUCUGCCCUGCAUAAUGACCGUCAUAUUAUCUCAGGUCUCCUUCUGGCUGAACCGCGAGUCUGUGCCGGCACGCACUGUCUUCGGUGUCACGACCGUCCUGACUAUGACCACACUGAGUAUAAGUGCCAGAAACUCACUUCCCAAAGUGGCCUACGCUACAGCCAUGGACUGGUUUAUGGCCGUCUGCUAUGCGUUUGUGUUUUCGGCUCUCAUUGAGUUUGCUACAGUCAACUACUUCACCAAGAGGAGCUGGGCCUGGGACGGCCAGAAAGAAGCCCAGGAGAUGCGGAGACGAGAAUCUGCGUCUUUCUCCAAGAAAACCAACAACACUUUUAACAUCGUGGGCACAACUUAUAGCAUGAGCGUGGUCAAAGAUCCCGGCCUGACCACCAUCUCCAAGAGCGCCACGUCCACCACAUCUACUCCACCUCAGCCAGUUCGGGAGGUCCGACUGCCCAAAAUGGAUGGAGAAUACGUGCCGGAGGGAAGAAAAUCAUACAACCGGGUCAGCAAAGUGGACAAGAUCUCUCGUAUCAUCUUUCCAGUGCUCUUCUUCAUCUUUAAUCUGGGGUACUGGGCCACAUAUGUCAACAGAAAGCCCACCAUCGAGAGGUCCAGCCCACCCAAAUGAACCAAAACGAUACUGAUUUAAAAAAAAAAGAAAGGAAGAAACUGCCAGUCCAGUCUUAAUCAGCAACAUGAUGCUACUGUGUUCAUCUUUAGGAAAAAUUGUUGCUUUUUUUCACAUUUUGUAGAGUGUGGCGUACGGCCAUUUUGUUUGUUUAUGCAGAUUUAAAUGUGCCAUUUCCUUGUAUUGCAUGAAGUAGAACUAAUCGGUAUUAACACUCGAUUUACUAGCAGGGCCAGACAGAAUCUGCGGACAUUUGUAGCUAUUUAAAAUCUGCAGAUUUAUUCGGAGUG